AUGCCAAUAGACAUAAUACGAUGGGUUGUCCUGGUUGUCGUUUUGUACUCUCCAGCGACAGGACAGCCUGCCAGCAAUCCUCUGGUUCAGGGGUGGACACUAACAAAUGGCGGACUUAAGCACGUCUCAGUAGGACCCGCCGGUGUUUGGGGGGUCAACUCAGGUGAUAGAAUUUACCAUAAAUUAGACACUUACAACAACGACGGUACACAAGGAGCCAACUGGAAAAGCGUCAGUGGCAGUCUGAAGCAAAUCGACGUUGGUACAAACAUCGCGUGGGGGGUAAACAGUGGUGACCGUAUUUAUGUUAGAAUCGGCAUUACUAAGACAAAGCCUGAAGGGUGCGGCUGGGUGAACAUUGAAGGGUCUCUCAAGCAUGUUAGUGUCAGCAAGAAGAACCACGUCUGGGGGGUUAAUAAGAAUGAUAAUAUCUACCGACGUCUUGGAACAAGCCUGGAGAACCCUGAGGGAAAUUCUUGGCAGUUGCUCGACGGAAGACUGAAGCAGGUGUCCGUGGGUGGUUCGGGAGUGUGGGGUGUCAAUGCAGGAGAUAAUAUAUACUACAGGGUAGGAACGUUUGGAGACCCAGACAGUAAGGGGACAGCAUGGAGACAGGUCGAUGGAAAACUGAAGUACAUUUCAUCAGGCGACGCUGAGGUCUGGGGCGUCAGUUCCAGCAACGCUAUAUACAGAAGAAUCGGAAUAUCCAAAGCAAAUCCCAUAGGAACCAGUUGGCAAAGAAUAGGCGGAAGUCUGAAGCAAGUGGAAGUGUGGACUGACGCUGUUUGGGGCGUGAACAAUGCCAACAAGAUCUACGCCAAGCUGGACGAUUAG